UCUAUGAUCCAGCUCUUGGCCUCGUCCAGCCUUGAGCCUUCAGGCUUUUGAGCUAUGGGGUGGUCAGUCUUGUGUGUGGGUGGACUUUGGUGCUGUGAGAAGAAUCGCCUGUGCUAGUCUGAUGAUGAGCAGACCUUACGUUGUUGAGUAGUCACUGGGCAUGCAUGUAGGUUUUCAUCUCGCGCCAUAGCAGUGUGCCCUUUUCUUUUUUCGCUACAAGUGGAGUAGCAUCUUGCGAAGAGCUGGGAGGCUGGGGAAGGCGACCUUGAAAAACAGCUCUCACGGGCACGGGAGCGAGGAUUUGCUUGUUGUGUGGUGUCAGUGAACAUACGGAGUGCAGUAUUUUGGAUUUUAUGCUCGAUGCACGUUUCUGAAUAUCUGCGUGGCAGGAGGAAAUGGUCGCUGCCUGACAAUGUCUUGGCUGAGAAGGAAGUCAUCUCACGAGGAAAAAUCGUCCUGGAGUGAAGAUACACAGUGAACAGUUCAAUUAUGGCCGCAAAUCCAGCAGGAGCGCUUGACUGGGAUUUGGUGAAGGUUCAACUCGAUAGCAUAGAUGAUGCCUGGAAGCAGCCUCGAUUCGAUUCGCUACCCUAUGUUGUGGAGGUUAUCACAUCCCCAAAUAUUGAGGCCUCAGUGGAGCGAUUAAGAGAGACGCGGGAUGCUAUUGAGGAAAUUGUUGAUGGAGUUGUCAGACAUUAUCACAAUGGUUUCAACAAGGCUAUACAUAAUUAUUCUCAGAUAUUACGGGUGUUCAGCGAGUCCGCUGGAAGCUUAGAUAGUCUAAAAGAGGAUUUGGCAGAAGCACGAAAGUUGCUAGGAGCUCGCCACAAGCAACUCCAGCAGCAAUGGUCCCGCUCAGUGACACUGCGUCAUGUCAUCUCGUUGCUUGAUGAGAUCGACAAAGUUUCUCAGGUGCCAGCACGGAUUGAAAGAUUGGCAGCAGAGAAACGUUACUACGCAGCUGUACAACUUCACCUUCAGUCCAUAAGUAUGCUUGAUCGUGAAGGCAUUCAAACGGUAGGAGCACUUCAGGAUGUCCGUGCGGAACUAACAAAACUUCGUGGAGUACUUUUUAGCAAAGUUGUUGAGGACUUGCACCUUCAUCUGUACAACAGAGGCGAUUACAGCAUGAACUUGGCCACAACCCAUGAGCAAGAUGAUGAUAUCACCAGUAUCGUCCCGGCUGCUGUUCCUGCUGUCGGCAAUUUGCAGCCUGUGUCCCGGCGUACUCGAACCCUGACUCGUAACCCAUCCUCAAUUUCCAGUGUGGAGCGGCGUCGUACUAGUUCAGACAGCCAGUCAGUGGAGAACGAGUUUGCAACGGCAUGCGAUAAUGCCGAUGGUUCCACUGAUGAUAUACGAGUAUCCAGUAACGCUAGUGAUGAUUCCGCAGCCAAGGAGGCUGACGAAAAAGCUCGAUCCCAUCCUCCAUGGUUGUCUGAGUCAAUACCAAAUGACUUUACGGAGGCUCUUUUGAAAAGCGAUGCACCUUCAGGUGUGAAAUACUUGCAAACGAUGGUAGAAUGCCUUUCAUUGCUGAGAAAAAUUCCAGAAGGAGGUUCCAUAAUCAGCCAGAGGCUUAGACCGACGCUGCAUGAGCUAAUUACUUCAGAAAUUAAAGCACGGGCUAAAGCGAUUGAAGCCUGCAGGCCCCGCGUUGAUGAGGCCCAGAAGCUCUUAGAAUCCAGCAUUAUGGGCAAGUAUUCCACGUCCGGGCAGAAGAAGGUGAAGAAAGAAAUCUCUUCAACUGCAGAUGCUGGGCCAAUGUCCAAACUACAAACUGCUGCUCAAGAGCUUCUACAGUCGGUUCUGACUCUUGUGUUGCAAAUACUGGAGAAUCAUGUUGUAGUGGGGCAAUUGAUGGAGGCGAAAGAGCACUCCUUUCUGACGUCUAAUGGUCAUGCCUCUUGGAGCAAUGAUGUGGAGAGUGAAGUCCAGCAGCUAAUAUGUGAUAUCUUGCGUGCUACACCGGAUGCCACAUCAGCUGAGUCUGCAGCACAAACAGCUCGUCUUGCUAGCAAGACACCUAUUACCAAUUUCAAGAAUCCUUUCGGGGUCAAAAACAAGGAGGAAAGCAAUGGAGGGUCUGAGGAGGGGCUGUCGUUUGCCUUUCGCUUCACUGAUACUAUUCUGACACCACCUGGCCAAACCGAACUAAAAAGUAGUGGCAGCCUUCGACGUGGGCACAACCGCAAGCGUUUACCUGCUUCUCAAGAUGGCUAUGGUACAGGUGCUGUACUCUCGGAGCGUGGGAUCUACCUAACUUCUGCUAUAUAUCGACCUAUUCUCCAGUUUAUUGACAAAAUGGCUUCGUUACUGCCUCCAAAGUACUCGUCAUUGACGAAUGAUGGGCUACAGAACUUCAUCGAAAAGUUCGUGAAGAAUCAGUUUCUACCCAUUGUGCAUGUUGACUAUAGAACUCGAGUUGCAGACGCUCUUGCCAGCCCUUCUGCAUUUCGACUAAAAGCGCAUCCAGGUGCACUCUACGAAGAUAGUGUUGAGAAGGGCAGGCCUGUACUCCAAGGGCCAAUAGCUGCAAACCAUCUUGUCACCGAGGUGCUUGGAUGGGCUCAGGCAAUGCCCAAGUAUGCAAGUGAGAUAUUAGAACUUGUCCAGACUCUUCUUGACCGGACUCUUGAACGUUGCCGUGCUGUGUAUACUGAAGCAGUCUUAGGAAGCUUAAGUUCCACCGUGAUUGGUCGUCCUGACAUAUGUAAUUUAAUGAAGCAAGAACCUGCAAACCAACUUCUGGAGGCCACCUAUCUCAAUCAGCUUGGAUUUAAGGAUGGUCCUUCAGUGGAUAUUGAAGGAGCUUUAGAAGUGGAGAUGGAGCUGAAUAACCUUCUUCUUAGUCUGCGACCUAUCCGCAAGGAGCAACUUAUUAGUGACCACCACAAACUGGUACUGCUGGCUGGACUUAGCGACUCGCUGGAUUUUGUGUCGGAAUCUGUACAGCAGUUGGGACAACAUAACAAUGCAGCCCCAUCUCCAGCUCCUUCAAUGUCAAGGAGAAACUUAACCCAGUCUCCCCAGAUCCGCCAUCGGAGGACAAACAGCGCUCUGACCACGGGCCUAGGUAUCCUGGCUGAAAAGUAUCGGAUGCUUUCCUGUGAAUGCCUGCAAACUUUGAGGGUCGAAAUGCAGCUCGCUACGAUCCAUCAUCUUCAGAGUAUGGCAGGGCGGCAUUAUGUCAGAGAUCAGGAUGCGGAGGAACCAGAGGACUUUAUUGUAGCCCUUACAUCCCAGAUCCAAAGAGUAGCUGAAGAGAUGGCUGCAUACAUGCCACCUUCGAAGAGGAGCUAUAUAUUUGGAGGCAUAUGUAGUGUGUCUGCCGCAGCCUUUAUCAAGGCUGUGACCAACAUGGAUGCCAUUAAUAUGCUAGGUGUACGACAAGUCAAUCGAAACUGCAUUGCUCUUCAGCAGGCAUUGGCAUCACUGGUGGCGAGCAGUGGAGAGUUUCUCGAAGAGCGACUGGACCGUGUCCGAACCUAUUACGAUCUGCUGACGAUUCCCUUUGAGGCGUUAAUAGCUCUCGUGCCAGAGAAUGAUGCCAUAUUCAGCUUAACGGAGUACUCUGCCUUGUUGAAGGUUAAUGUUCCAGGCAGGGAAAUACCAGCCAACGCUGUGCAACGCGUUGCCAAAAUUCUUGCGCCCACGCGUUAACAGCUCAGGAAAUAUCCUUUCGCUAAUACGGGAAGUUGAAGCUAUCCAAGGCGAACGCAGCGCAUCAUUUUUUAUUCCUUUUUCCCCAAUAGCUUCACACAGGAGAACACCAUCAGUCAUGAGUUGGUGAUUUGCGAUUGUUAUCCUCGAGCAAUGAUUUUUCCUGGUCAGUGCUCUUUUGUAAUAAGUUGAUAGAUGAGUAAUCUAUCAUUGGGUUGGGAGUUUCUUGUUACCGUAAGUUUCACAACUGGGCAACUUAUGCUGCAAAACCAUGCACAACCGCACAGGAACUUAACUUGGAUGUUGAAUUUCAAGCGUCGCUUGAAGAGUUAUCCAUCGUUACUGAAUUCAGUAGCAUAACCUUGCUUUGUUU